CGUGUAUCGGCCGUACUUAUUUGAAGACAUUAUUAUGCAAAUUGCAGCUAUUUAUAAGACGCUUUUGGUGGGCUGACUGGUUGCCAACAUUCCAAUUAGUCUUUCCCGCAGCCAAAAGUUUUAGUGUCCGCUCUGGAUCUGCUUCUAUCAUCUGUCUUUUCUUCUUCUCCUCUUUGGAAAAGAAGAAAAAGGGUAGCAUAGAGCCAAAAGUUUACACGACUUACGAGCAUUUCACCUAUCAAGUGGAACAUUUUCAAGGACCAGUAUUCAUUCCUUUUCACUAUUGUUGUUACUUCACUAGGUUUCUCUGUUUUCUUUCAAUCUGAAAGGUAGGCUCUAGCGACUCUUUUAAGGACUUAGUACGAUGCUCUUUGAUUCCUUUAUAAAAGAUGCCCAGAUUGUGUCUUGCCAAAUCCAAUCAAAUGCACAUCUAGUUUUUCGAAGUUGCUAGAUAUUUACCUUUCGAAUGAAAUUUUGCACUACCAAAGCCUAUCAGAAAUUCUUCUCCUCUGUUUCCUAUGGUCCUCUGUUCUUCCUACAUUUUAAUUCUUCUCUGUUAGGUACUACUGUUGCUGCAGCGCUGCCAUGGAAAGCAAGGAAGUGUUUUCUUUGACGAACACAGAUGCACCAGAUGUGCUUUCAUCUGUAACAAGAUAUAACCAUGAAGAUAUCAUUGGCCAGAACUAUCAAUCAGCUUCAAACACCACUCCCGCGAUUUUCCCAUCAAAUAGCAAGGGAAUUGAGGGAGCAGCUUCAGGUAAGCAAAAGACACCUGAUCCUUCUCUGCCUCAGAGGAUGCACUUCGUUUCCAUAAGCAUGCCACCCUCUCCUGGACAAAAUCACUAUGCCAAUUCCACGAAAGUAUUUCCGAAUGAUAAUGCAAAUUCUGCUGCUACUUCCGGUUAUGUCAGUCCCCCGGAGCUGAAUACGCAUGAGUCCCCUGUCACCAGUCGCGCGUCCAGGAGCUGCAUAGAACUACCAAUGAUCAGGAAUUCUGAAAUUCAGAGAUUGAAGGACAAGCGAUUCGAUGUUUUCAAAACCCGAUCCGGCGAACUCGAAAGGCAGUUAUCCAAUCUCCGAGGAAAACAUCAGGAAGGCGCACAACUCACUAAUCCUCCUCAGAAUAUACAAGCAGAGAGCUUCCCUGUACAUAGGUACUUUGAUGCCUUACAAGGACCCGAGCUAGACACGUUGCGGCCUUCGGAGCAGAUACUUCUUCCUGAAGAUAAACUCUGGCCGUUUCUUCUUCGCUACCCCGUCUCUUCAUUUAGUAUCUGCAUUGGAUUAGGCAGCCAGGCCUUUAUGUGGAAAGCACUCGCAAUUUCGUCUUCGACAAAAUUCCUCCACAUCAGCCUGCAUGUGAACCUCAUCCUCUGGUGUAUAUCCAUUGCCCUUCUUGUAAUUGUCUCCUCUAUUUACUCCAUGAAAUUGGUGUUCUACUUUGAAGCGGUUCGCCGCGAAUUCCUCCACCCUGUCCGGGUAAACUUCUUUUUCGCUCCCUGGGUAGCAAUUCUCUUCUUAGUCCUUGGACUUCCACCAUCAGUUUCUCAUGGAGAUUUGCCUGAAUUUAUAUGGUACUUUCUCAUGACUCCGAUUAUUUGCCUUGAGCUCAAAAUCUACGGGCAAUGGGUGUCUGGAGGGCAGAGGAGGCUCUCAAAAGUCGCCAACCCAUCAAAUCAUUUGUCGAUUGUGGGCAAUUUUGUUGGGGCAUUGCUUGGUGCAUCCAUGGGGCUAAAAGAAGGACCAAUUUUUUUCUUUGCGGUUGGUUUGGCUCAUUACAUUGUUUUAUUCGUUACACUUUACCAAAGACUUCCAACAAAUGAAACACUCCCCAAAGAGCUUCAUCCUGUGUUUUUUCUGUUCGUCACGGCGCCUAGUGUUGCCUCUAUGGCGUGGGCGAAAAUUCAUGGAUCUUUUGAUUUCGGAUCACGGAUUGCUUACUUCAUUGCCCUCUUCCUUUAUAUCUCCCUGGCAGUGCGCAUUAAUUUCUUCCGUGGCUUCAGGUUUUCAUUGUCAUGGUGGGCAUACACUUUUCCGAUGACCGGAGCAGCCAUCGCCACAAUCAGCUACUCAAAUGUUGUGACAAACAUUAUCACAAAAUGUUUAACAGUUGCACUAUGUGCAAUUGCUACUCUUAUAGUGGCCGCAUUGCUCAUAAGAACAAUUGUCCACGCUUUCGUCCUAAAAGAUCUCUUCCCUAACGAUAUUGCCAUUGCAAUUAGUGAAAGAAGGGCCAAAACGAAUUAUGGAUGGUUCCUCCGGAGACUUGGCAGCUCUGAUACAAAAGAGAUUGAAUCUUACCUUAAAUACGUAAAUUCAGACCAGAGAGAUAUUGAAGCUUCCGUUACAGGCACUUUCUCUGUCGCUAAAAAGGUUUGAAAGACUAAUUCUGGCAAUGAUAAGAAGUUCAAGUCCAGCAGUACAGUAGCAAUCUUUUUCUUCAUACUAUAAGCCCCGAUUGAUCCAAAAUCACUGCCCCGACUGAUCUGAUUUGAGCCGGAUAGAACCCCUUUCGUGUAAUCCAGCAGUAGCGUUCUUUAAUUGCUUAAGGUACUCAAACUUUUGGCCGUCGACAGGGAAGAAGCUUGGAAUCAAGUAUAAGAAAUUUGGCUUAACUUGACAUCUCCAAUUGACUUCAUCCCUGUACUAUGAAAAAAUUGUCUCACAAUAAAUUAGUAUUAAUUGGUUAUUUUAUUCAAACUAUAUAAGAGCAAUAUAAGAAGCCAGCUUGUUAGGACGGGCAUGAGAAAUGCACAGUGUAAUAUUGUAUUGUUUAAAAUAAAUUAACACAUUUCUAUGCCCAGUUCACAUACACACACAAUUACUGUACUUUUUAUUAAACGAUUAUCAAAAAAAAGGGCUUCGCAUCUGAUAAAUUCAUAUUGUUGCGUGUGACAAAUAUUUC